AGUCGCUAUAAAACCCGGCCUCUGAGACUCGAUUCCUCAGGGUCUCCUUCUUCGGACUAAGCUUCGUGAGAGAAAAUUUUCCAACCGGAGGAAAACUUCAGGGAAUGGAUAAGGAGAAGGAGCAAGAGUUGGAGUGGGUUGAGGCCCAAAAGCUGGAGAUAAACGUUGACCUCAUCUCUGCUGCCAAGCAACAGCUUCAGUUCCUUGCAACUGUUGAUCAGAAUCGGUGGCUCUAUGAAGGCCCUUUACUGCUGAGAUCCAUCUACAGGUACAACGCUUGCUGGCUUCCCUUGCUUGCCAAAUACACUGAGUCACCGAUCCGCGAAAAUUCAUUGGUUCCUCCUCUUGACUGUGAAUGGAUUUGGCAUUGCCACAGACUUAAUCCGGUAAGGUACAAGUCUGACUGCGAGCAGCUUUACGGGAAAGUUCUUGACAAUUGUGAUGUGGUAUCUUCCAUCAAUGGCAACUUCAAAAGACAAACUGAAGAUAUUUGGAAUAGGUUGUAUCCUGAAGAACUGUAUGACCUAGACUUGGAUGAGGCAAUCUCAGAGGAUGUUUCUGAAAAGUUGUCAGCUCUUGAAGAGUGCACUAAAUAUGAUCUAGUUUCAGCAGUCAAAAGACAAAGCCCAUUUUACUACCAGGUUUCCAGACCCCAUGUAAACAAUGACAUCUUUCUGGAGGAAGCAGUGGCGAGAUAUAAAGGCUUUCUCUACCUUAUCAAGAAAAAUGGAGAGAGAUCCAUAAAACGUUUCUGUGUCCCAACUUAUGAUAUUGACCUAAUCUGGCACACGCAUCAGCUGCACCCUCUCUCUUACUGCAAGGAUUUGGAAAAGGCCAUUGGCAAGGUCUUGGAGCAUGAUGACACAGAUUCCGACAGGAAGAAAGGUAAGAAACUCGAUAAUGGCUUCUCUGGAACUACUGCUCAGUGGGAGGAGACUUUCGGUAGAAGGUACUGGAAGGCUGGUGCUAUGUACAGAGGCAGUACUCCUGCUCCUGUCACAAUUGUUCCUUUUGCAUCUGAUUCUUCGGGUAAGGAAUUGGCUCUGGACAGUGAGUACCAGAAUGUAAUCCAGUUUCCAGAGGUGGAAGCUAUUGAGGUUAUGUUAGAGAUCAUCGGUGUUAAGAACUUACCAGAUGGCCACAAGGGAAAGCUCUCCGUUGUGUUCAGCAAAACCCAGCCCGAUUCUCUGUUUCAUUCUGAACGAAGACUCGCUGUCUUGUCUGAAUCCGGGCAAAAGCAAGUUGAUUUGUUCCAGUGUGAACUGACGGGAGAGCUUUGUUUCCGCCUUACCAACGAAGAUAAAGACUUGGGUUUUGCUUCUUUGUCACUAAGGGAGUUCCUAUUCCCAGUUGCUAAACUCUCUGUUGAGAAAUGGUUGGAGUUGGCACCACCAAGCAACAGAAAUACAGAUUCGAAAGCCGUCUUCCUACGUGUUGCUGUCUCAUUCACCCCACCGAUCCGAAGGCCGUCUCUUCUUCACAUGGUUCAGUCCGGAUCAUCACUCAGAGGUUCUUGCUUUCCCAUGCUCCAAAAGGCUCGUCUUGCUAAGAGUUCAACACUCAUUAUCGAUGAUACCCGAGCUGAGGUGAUCAGCCUCCAGAUGAGUGCGAAAAGACAAGUGAUUGGCGUGAAAGAGUCCGGUGAAACUCUUAAGCUAGCAGAGUUUAAUGGCACUUUCUGGAGUUUGUUGAACUCAAAAUGGUCCCUUGAGUACACAAACGGUCGAGGGGAAGAUGGUCCUCUCUUUCAGCUUCUGGGUAGUCACGUGGUGAAAGUUUUCUCCGGGAGAAGGCUGGAUUAUGAGCCAAAACACUGCAGAGGUCAAAGAAGUGACCGAGAUUUCAUGACUGCAGUAGAGUUCUCGAAGCAGCAUCCAUAUGGAACGGCUGUGGGUUUGCUCGACUUGAAACUCUGUUGCUUCGAGGCAAAGGAGAAUUGGCUGGUUUUUCCCGGAAUCGUGUCUGCUUUUAUACUUGACGCGAUUUCGAAGAAGGAAGGAUUCGGGUGUAGAACCAAAGAUGAGAUUAUAAACAGCGAAACCCUCGAAGGGAAUGGAUUAAUGGAGGAUAGCAACCAGAUUAAACUCAGAACAACAACAGAAGAAGCCGAAACGAAGCUGGAAGCCUCAAACACGGAGACUGUGAUUAUGGGCAGCGGCUAUGGCGGAGGAUUUGGAAAUAUGGUGGAGGCCGGAGAAUAUGCGGGUUGUGGCGGCGGCAGCUGCAGUGGAGAAUGUGGAAACACGGUGAUGGCUGCAGAAUCUGCUGGCUGCGGCGGCGGAUGUGGCGGCGGAUGUGGAAACAUGGUGAAGGCUGCAGAAUCUGCCGGCUGUGGUGGCGGUUGCGGUGGUGGCUGCGGCGGCGGCUGCGGUGGCGGCGGAUGUGGCGGCGGAUGUGGAAACAUGGUGAAGGCUGCAGAAUCUGCCGGCUGUGGUGGCGGUUGCGGUGGUGGCUGCGGCGGCGGCUGCGGUGGCGGCGGAUGUGGCGGCGGAUGUGGAAACAUGGUGAAGGCUGCAGAAUCUGCCGGCUGCGGUGGCAGCUGCGGCGGUGGGUGCGGCGUUGGAUGUGGAGGCAGCUGCGGCGGCGGAUGUGCAACAGCUGAAACUGAAGCUACUGGGGAUUGAUGUUUGUAUUUGUUCAGACCACCCCAUAAGAAAUGGAGAAAAGUCAUAUACCUAUGUACGUAUGUUCGUCUAUAUACAUAACAACAAUAAUAAGAAAAUGAAACAUGUAAUAAGAUGUAAUACAAUGGCAGACAGUUAUAAGAUGACAUACAGAGAUAUUAAUA